GGACAAAAGCUAUACAUUAUAUUUUUACACUUAUAUAAACCUAAUAUCAUACAAAUUCAUGGGUUCAUAAUGCUCCAAAACGUCAAAAUAAUGAGAUAGUGACGUGAAGUUCCGCCUCACUUGGCAACACUGCAACCAGCUGGCGAGGAAAACAUCAUCCGGGCGAAGCGCGACCAUGGCGGCGGGAGGCACAGUUUUGCCCUUCGUGCGGGGCAUAGACCUCACCAAGAAUGACUUCAAGGCCACAGGGAUCCCACAGAGCAUCAAGGACAUGUCAAGUCUGCGGUGGCUCCAGGCAAACAACACCGGGAUAGAUACCAUACCAGAAGAAAUAUGCAACCUUCAGAAGCUGGAGCACCUGUCGCUGAAGAACAACAACUUGGAGAAGCUGUACGGGGCCGUCACCACCCUGCCCUGUCUGCGCUCCCUCAAUGUCCGCCGCAACAAGAUAACAAAAUCUGGGGUUCCUCGUGACCUAUUCGAGAUGGAUGACCUCACCAUGCUGGACUUCUCCCAGAACCAACUCAAUGAAAUCCCUGAAGGUCUGGAAGAAGCAAAGUCACUCUUGGUGCUCAACCUUUCCAAUAACUUUAUUGAGGAGAUCCCAGCACAGGUGUUUGUCAAUUGCACAGACUUGUUGUACCUCAACGCAGGUGACAACUGCCUGGAGACCUUCCCUCCACAGAUACGCCGGCUGGUCCACCUACAGACCCUUAUCCUCAACAACAACCCACUCACGCACUUUCACUUCAGACAGCUGCCGUCCCUUGUGGCCCUACAGACCCUCCACAUGCGGGCCACCCAGCGCUCACCCUCCAACCUGCCAUCCAGCCUCGAGGGACUAACCUGCCUAGCCGACGUGGACCUCUCGCACAACAACCUCCAGAAGAUUCCUGAGUGUUUUUUCACCCUCUGUAAUCUGAAGCGGCUGAACAUGUCAGACAAUGAAAUCACAGAAAUUGGUCCAGACAUUGAGAAAUGGCCCAAGCUUGAGGUACUAAACAUGUGCCGCAACAAGCUCACGUCAUUGCCCUCACAAAUCUGCAAGCUGGAGAGUCUACGUCGCCUGAUGGUAAAUGAGAAUCAGCUGGACUUUGAAGGAAUACCAUCAGGAAUCGGCAAAAUUGUGGGUCUGGAGGUCUUCUCUGCUGCACACAACCGCUUGGAGAUGAUUCCUGAAGGGCUUUGCAGGUGCCCCAACCUCAAGAAGCUAAUCCUAAACAGCAACCGGCUGGUGACGCUGCCCGAAGCCAUCCACUUCAUCAACGAGACCCUGGAGCAGCUUGAACUGGCCGACAACCCUGAGAUGGUGUGGCCCCCCAAGCCCCGCGGCAUGGCCCAGGGCUCCGGAGUGACCUUCUACAACAUUGACUUCUCCCUCCAGGCCCAGUUGAGGAAUGCUGGUGCUCAGGCUGCCCAGCUGGCUGCCACACUUGCCCAGCAGCAAGGCACCCCUAAAGACCCCAUCGCUCGUAAGAAGAGACUUCGUCAGUUCCGUAAAGAACAGAAAGACCAGGAUGACAAACAAGAGAAAAUUCUCAAAGGGAUGAAGGACAUAGCCAAGGAUGAGGAGAAGCAGAAACAGAAAGACAAAAUGACGGAGGAGAGGAGUCAGGAAGUCAAGACCCAGAAGAGAUGGGAUGAGGCCCUGGAGCGCCCGCCUCUCAACUAUGAGGAGUUCUUUGACACUGAUGUUGGCCAGAUACCUGGAAUAAGUAUUUGGGAGAUAGAGAACUUCCUUCCCAUCCAGAUUGAUGAGUCAGUCUUUGGAAAGUUCUACGAGGGUGACUGUUACAUAGUCCUCCAAACCACCCUAGACGACUCACAAAACCUGGACUGGAAAAUUUUCUUCUGGAUUGGUGAAAAGUCAACAUUGGACAAGAAGGCGUGCUCUGCCAUCCACGCCGUCAACCUGAGGAACUACCUGGGUGCUCAGGGCCGCACACACCGGGAGGAACAGGGCGACGAGUCCGAUGAGUUCCUGGCACUCUUCCACCACGACAUCACCUACAUAGAGGGUGGUCGCACUGCUUCGGGCUUCUUCACCGUUGAGGAAAUGGAAUACCCUCUCCGCCUGUACCGCAUGUGUCCCACCACCCUUGGCAUCCACCUGGAGACUGUCGCGUGCACUGCUGACUCCCUGGACCCCCGCCACGUGUUCCUGCUGGACGAUGGGAAGGUCAUCUACGUCUGGCAGGGGAGCAAGGCCAAGAAGACCGUCACCACCAAGAGCAGGCUUAGUGCAGAGAAGAUCAACAAAGAGGAGCGCAAGAACCAGGCAGAGAUCCACACACUGGUGCAGGGCAAGGAACACAAUGAGUGGCCACAGUUCUGGGCGGCUCUAGGCCUGGAGGAGGGCGAGGAGGAGGACUUGGAGAUUGAGGAACAUGUUGACCCAAGUUUCACCCCUGUUGUCCCCAGGCUGUACCAGGUGGGGCUGGGCAUGGGCUACCUGGAGCUGCCUCAGGUGGAGGUUCCUGAGGGGAAACUAACCCAGAAGUUGCUGAGAACAAAGAAUGUGUACAUUUUAGAUUGUUACUGUGAUGUCUUUGUCUGGAUUGGCCGAAAGUCCACCAGGCUUGUGAGGGCAGCUGCUUUGAAGUUGUCUCAAGAACUGCUGAAAAUGAUCAUUCGGCCAGAGCAUGCUGUUACAACCUUGGUGAAGGAAGGGACAGAGCCACAGGUCUUUAAGGCAAAAUUCAGUGGCUGGACUGACGUCAUUGAUGUUGACUUUACCAGAACAGCAGAGUCUGUGAGGAAGACUGGAGCAAACCUAAAGGACUGGGCAGCCAAACAGGAGACCAAGGUUGAUUUGAGUGCCCUGUUUACCCCUAGACAGCAGCCCAUGGCCCUUGAGGAAGCCCAGCAAUGUAUGGAUGAGUGGAAUGACGACCUGGACUCCAUGGAUGCCUUUGUCCUGGAGGGUAAAAAGUUUGUCAAGUUACCAGAAAAUGAGUUGGGCCACUUCUACUCAGCUGAGUGUUACGUCUUCCUGUGUCGCUACUGGGUACCUGGAGAACCACCCGAGGAAGAGAAGGAAGAGGAAACUGAACCCGAGGACGACUUCCAAUGUGUUGUUUACUUCUGGCAGGGACGACAAGCUUCCAACAUGGGCUGGCUGACCUUCACCUUCAGUCUACAGAAAAAGUUUGAAGCACGGUUUGGAGACAAGCUUGAAGUAGUCAGAAUGCACCAGCAGCAGGAGGCUGUAAAGUUCAUGGCACACUUCAAGAGGAAGUUCGUUAUACACACUGGGAGGAGACGGUUAGAAAAGCCAUCAAGCAAAGUAGAUGAGGAGACACAGGAAGGAGCAGUCAAACCAAGACCAAAGGUACGAUUAGACCCAUUACAAGAGGAGCACCAGAAGCCCCAGCCAGAGCUGUUCCACAUGCGCUCCAAUGGUUCGCCGCUCUUCACUCGCUGCAUACAGAUCACUCCCAAUGCAGUGUCCCUAAAUUCAGAGUUCUGCUACAUCCUCAAGGUUCCAUUUGGCCAGGAUGAUGAUAGUGGCAUUGUGUAUGUCUGGCUGGGAGAGAAGAGUGAUGAGGAGGAGGGAAGGCUUGCUGAAGAAACAGCUCAGGAGAUGUAUGAUCCAGAGAAGUACAGCCUCCAGGUUGUGAGGGAGGGAGAGGAGCCAGAAAACUUCUUUUGGAUUGGCAUUGGAGGUCGAAAGGCUUAUGACAAGGACGCAGUGUACAUGCGUCACACAAGGCUCUUCAGAUGUUCAAAUGAAAAAGGAUACUUCGCUGUAUCUGAAAAAUGUUCAGACUUCUGUCAGGAUGACUUGGCUGAUGACGAUACGAUGAUCUUGGAUGAUGGUGCUCACGUGUUCCUGUGGCUGGGCUCCAAGGCAUCCGAUGUGGAGAUCAAGCUGGCCCUCAAGUCUGCCCAGGUUUAUGUGCAGAACUUGAGGGUAAAGCAGCCAGACCUGCCUCGGAAGUUGCUGUGUACUUUCAAGGGAAAGGAGUCCAAGAAGUUCACACGUUGCUUCCACGGGUGGGGAGAGUUCAAGACCACGCGGGAGUAAGGGAGUUAGUGCCUGGGGGUGCCUCACAGACAGCCACCACCUGCGUUGUUGUGACACUGGAGGCUUUAAAUGCACAAGCCAUCCUUGCCAUAGUAGAAUGCAACUUCUCAAUACUAUUGCUCCACUUGCCAAAAGAUUAAUUAUUAUAUACAACUUGUCAACCCGGUGGUGAAUAGUUGCUUCUCUUCAGUGUCUCUCACACUUCCAAGGUGUGGGUAGCCAUCAAUGCUGCUUGCACAAAAUCACGUGUAAAUAUAUUUAUGCAUAAAUCCCAAUUGAGUGUUCGUGAAUAUUUAAGGAUCUGAAUUUGACUUUGAUAUAAGUUUUACAAAUACCAGUAUUUGAUACACAUUUACUUGGUUGACCAGCUCCCUCGCUGGUCACCUGAGUGUCCCCAAGUUUAUUAUAUAAAAAUGUUAUCCAGUUACAAAGAAUUAUUAUUUGUGAAUAAACAUUCUAAUUCGA